AUGGAUGGUUCGGAUUAUCCGAAUUAUAUAGUGACAUCAUCGAGUGAUAGUAAGGAAAUACCUAAUGCGGAGGAAAGGGAAGAUGAAGAAAGUGAGGAUGACGUUGAGGGGAUGAGGGAGUUCAAAGUUGACGAUUCCACUCGAAAACUUUGGCGAUUGGUCUGCAAGCGAAAAAAUCAAGGUUGCCAAUGGAUGCUCCGUGGUAAGGAGACUGCUGAAAAGAUGUGGACUAUUUCAAAGUUCUACACAAGGCACACUUGUGACAUGGGUGACCUCCCAGAUGAUCAUUGCAAUCUAGAUACCAAUAUGAUUGUUGCUGUGUUAGUUGGGGACAUUGCAAAAAGCCCAAGGUACCCUAUUAAAGAUUGUAUUACAGCCGUCCUGAAAGUAUAUCGCAAAACCGUUAGUAGGCAGAAGACGUAUCUUGGGCAUAGGCGUGCACAUGAGAUAGUCUACGAUGGAACACAUGUGUACGGGGUAUAUGACAUAAAGCUGCUAAUUGCAGUUGGAAUGGAUGCAAAUGGAGUUAUAUUCCCUCUAGCUUUUGUAAUUGCAGCUAAUGAGAGCACUAAUACGUGGGGUCUGUUUUUGAACUACUUGAGGCAACACGUUAUUAAGGAUCGUAUGGGCAUAUGUGUUAUAUCAGACAGAAAUGCUGGCAUAUUGAACAAUAUGUUUAAUUUGCAUAGGUGGCAGCCGCCCUUUGCCUACCAUCGUCAUUGUUUAAGGCAUUUGAAGGCAAACUUCAAAAAGGCAUAUCGAAGCCUAGCACUUUGCAAUUGGAUGUGGGCGGCUGCAAUAGAGCAUCAGGAGAAGAAGUUUCACCUGCAAAUGGAGACUAUUAGGAGGGCGGAUGAGGAAGCCUUCUACUGGUUGAAUACAAUUGAUAAAGACAAAUAG